UGAGACUAAAGCAAAAAUUGUACCUCAAUCCACGGCCAUGGCAUGACGAAUCUCUCCAUUUGAUGUGGAGGAUGGAGUGGGCUCGGCAUCCAAGUAACGACUCGAUCGAUUCGCAGCAGCAACAAAGAGAAUCCAUCAGUAGGAGAGAGAAAUGCCGGUGAAAUUUAAUGACAUGUAAACCAGAAAACUACGACCCAGAACAACAAACGAGCACAACAAACCAACGAGAGAGAAACGGAAGAGAAAACAAGAAGCGGCGAUGUCGCGUCGGGUGAUGAGGGUAGCGGCGGACGGGAGCGGGGACUUCCGGACCGUCCAGGAGGCGAUCGAUGCGGUGCCGCUGUCGAACCGGGUGCGGACGGUGAUCCAGGUGGCGCCGGGGUUCUACCGGGAGGCGGUGUACGUGCCCAAGACCAAGAACUUCAUCACCCUCGCCGCCUCCCAGCCCGAGACCACCAUCCUCUCCUGGGACAACACCGCCAACCGCAUCAACCACCACCAGUCAUCUCGUGUGAUCGGCACGGGGACCUUCGGAUGUGGGAGCACCAUUGUCGAAGGAGGAGACUUCAUUGCCGAGAAUAUCACCUUCGAGAAUUCUGCCCCCCAGGGUUCGGGGCAGGCUGUGGCGCUCCGAGCGACGGCGGACCGAUGUGCCUUUUAUAAUUGCAGGUUUCUUGGAUGGCAGGAUACCUUGUAUUUGCAUCAUGGAAAACAGUAUCUGAGAGAUUGUUAUAUCGAAGGAAGUGUGGACUUCAUCUUCGGGAAUUCUACUGCCCUGCUGGAACAUUGUCAUAUCCAUUGCAAGGCUGCAGGAUUUAUAACUGCUCAAAGUAGGAAAUCUUCCCAAGAACCAACUGGCUAUGUGUUUUUAAGAUGCGUUAUUACCGGAACUAGCAGCAGUUCAUAUUCAUAUCUUGGGCGGCCAUGGGGUCCUUUUGGAAGAGUUGUUUUUGCAUACACAUGGAUAGAUUGCUGUGUUAAACCUGUUGGGUGGCAUAACUGGGACAAGCCUGAGAAUGAGAGAAAUGCCUGUUUUUAUGAGUACAGAUGCUUUGGGCCAGGUUGCUGCCCUUCGAACCGAGUUACAUGGUGUAGAGAAUUGCUUGAUGAGGAAGCUGAACAGUUUCUCCAGCACUCAUUUAUUGACCCAGAUCCGGAGAGGCCUUGGCUUGUUCAGAGAAUGGCAGUCAAAAUACCAGUAUCUGCAUGAAGUUAUGUGAGAUUCCAGGGAAGAUGUGCCCUGGUUGAUGCGUCCACAUAUGAAAUUUAGUCCUGUUUGACUAGUAAGAUCAGGUGGAACAAACAUAUGCUUAUUUUAGAUGGACAUAGUAAUUAUGAUUAAUAUUAACCUUGUUAUUAUGGUGUUCAACUGGUUGAACCCAUACUCUUAUUUAAUUUUGAAUAGAGAACAUGACUAGAUGAUUUAUAAUAUAUCCUUCAAAUAUUCUCUUGAGCCA